AUGAGCACCGCCGCUUCCACCACCGCGUCGCCGGUUGAUCCGGCGUACGCUAAGGAGAGCAACGCGGCCUGGAUUGUUGGUGUCACGACAGCGUUACACGCCCUUGCACUGGUCUGCGCCGGGCUUCGACUUUACGUCAAAGUAUGGAGUACCCGUGCGCAGGGCUGGGACGAUGCAUUUAUGCUUCUGUGCGCGAUCUGCGCCAUUGGAGGUUGGUCGGUUUUCAUCUUCCAGUCCUACCACGGAUUGGGCCGCCACCUAGACACGAUACCUACGGUUGACUUCGUACAAUUCCAACAUGCAGCGUUCUGGCAAACCAUCAUAUCAGCGACUGCCUCCCUCAUGUUCCUCAAGGUUUCGAUUUCCCUCAGCCUUCUACGACUGGCCUUCAGCAAGUGGUACAAGUGGUCGUUGUAUUUUAUCAUCUUUUCAAACGUCUGCUUCUUCAUUAGUGGCAGUCUGACUUUCUUGUUGUUCUGUCAACCAAUGGCUGGGUAUUGGGACAAGUCCCUGAAGCCUCAUUGCGCACCCAUUACCACGUUGGUCAAAGGCGGCUUGUCAAACACGGUGUUCAACAUCAUCACUGAUGUAGCAUUGGCCACUCUGCCCGUGCCUGUUAUCUGGCGUCUGAAGAUGAACCGCCGGACGAAAAUGUCGGUGAUCGGGAUAUUAAGUCUUGGUUACAUGGCUGUCGCCAUGGGAAUCGUCAAAGCUGUCUACCAGAUUGCUUACGGCACGCAGAAAGAUAAGACCUUUAUGCAAAGUGUACAGUUUUGGGGAUUCCUCCAGCUCCAAGUCGGCAUCAUCGCUGCUUGCGCAGCCUCUUUGAAGCCCCUAUUCCGCCGAAUGCUCAAGCUGAGUUCGAGCGGUUCUGGACCUCACUAUAAGAGCGGCAGCGGCUAUGGAGCCCGCAAAGCGCCCAGAAGCAUUGGUCUCGUGACGAUCGGCGGCACCGGUGGCACGGGAUCUCGGCCAGGUGCCAAGAACAACCAGAAGUUCAGCAGUCGAGCUGUUGACGGCGACGAUGACGCAGGUAGCGACAAAAGCACGCUCUGGCUGGCAGACGGUGGUGGGAACCAUGCCACCACGGCGAAGUCGGGGUUCUACAAGAACACAACGGAGGGUUCUACGAGCGAGGAGAGAAUAUUGCCUCGGAGUUUGGAGCCGCUGCAUAUGAAGAACGAAGGCGAGCGUGGCGGCAAUGGCGGGAUCAUCCGGACGACUGUAGUUACGGUCGAGAGAGAGUCAUGA